UAUAGAUAAAAAGUGAGAAGGGAAUAGAAAGGGUCGGAGUUGAGAAAAUAGAUAAUAGAAGUAGAAAAGGAGAAAAGUAAGAUCGAAGAAAAAGGAGAACUGGGACGGCGGUGUCUCUCGUGUUGUCGAGGUUCAGAUUCACUGAAGUUGUCUAUCGAGAAACAAGGUUGAACAGUGCAGAUUCACUUCAAGUUAUGAUGAAACCCAGGCUUUCUGUUAAUUUGCAGCAUGCUUCAGUGUUUAAUCCACUGAAUAUCUGCCAUAGUGGGAAUGCUUUAAGUGUUGCGAAGCUUCAUAAUUUUCCGUCUACAUGCAUCAACACUUUGAGGAUACAUAGAUGUUCGUCUUGGAAGCAGCUACGGAAUUGUUUCAACCAAGCUGAUAUACAUGCAGCAUCUAGUAGAAGGCCUUUUCUCUCUUCAUUGGGCCCAUGUAAAGCAAAGAGUGACGAUUCAGGAAGAGCCGUAAGUGGCGAAAGUAUAUUAUUGAACGAGCAGAGUUUGGAGCGAGAGUUAGAAAUAGCUAUCGAGCAGGAAAACUACGCAGAAGCCGCAAGGAUCAGAGACAGAAUUCGAGUUCUUCACGAUGAUAGCGAGGCAUCAGUACUUGCUGCAAAUGCUCGGUUUUACAACGCCUUCAGGGAUGGAGAUUUAGCCUCUAUGCAAGCUCUUUGGGCUAAAGGGGACUAUGUGUGCUGUGUGCAUCCCGGUGCAAGUGGUAUAUCUGGUUAUGAUCUCGUAAUGAGGAGUUGGGAAUACGUGUGGGUAGACUACGAGUUCCCCUUGGAGAUUGAGCUUAGAGAUGUUCAAGUACAUGUUAGAGGAGAUAUUGGAUACGUAACGUGUGUCGAAUUGGUUAAAACUAAAGGUAGUAACUGGGGAAGACAAUUUGCGACUAAUGUUUUGGAAAGAGUUGAUGGCGAGUGGCUCAUUUCCGUCCAUCACGCCUCUCCGGUUGACUCGUAAUGCCAACGAUGAACUAGUUGGCGACAUAUUAUUUACUUUUACUCGGUAGUUGGUAACAUCUUUUUUUUACUUCUAGAUUGUUGAUUAUUUACCCUUUUGGAGUAAAUUCCUACUGGUAUUUGUGUAUACUUUAUAGCAGUUAAAACUUCAAAGAUGAUUUUGAAAUACAUCAAAUUUUCUUCGGUACUGAAGGAAAUUAGUG